AGACUGCGGGUUUUUCUCCUCUUUCCAGCCUUAGCCUUUGGGGGGGCUGCAAACAGCUUGCCUGGCAGUUGUACAGAUUUGGUUCUGGGGGGUGUAGGGGCCUCUACAUCCGGGCUGUGCAAACGGAGGAAAUAUCCGCUCUGUGCUGAGAGCUGUUCCAAAGAGGCCCGGCUCCAGGGGCAGAGAGUUAACAUGCAGCAUUGUGCAGGCUACACAGAGCAGAGUCCUCCAUUUUAUUCCCCCACAGAGAAACUUUUCAUAUUUAGCUCAUUUUCCUGUCCAUGAUCCUCACUGGGAGGUUAUGCCCAAAUAAAUCAGUUAGUCUUUAAGGUGUCACCAGACUCCUUGUUGUUUUUGUAGAUACAGACUAACACGGCUACCCCCUGAUACGGGGAGAGUGGUUCCUGCCCCUGCUCUUCCCCCUCUGAUCUCUGGGGAGGAGUGCCAGUUAAAUGGAAAAUGAGACAAAUGGAGUUUAGGAAAAGAAGCAUCCCUGUUAGGGUGACCAGACAGCAAGUGUGAAAAAUCGGGAUGGGGGUGGGGGGUAAUAGGAGCCUAUAUAAGAAAAAGACCCCAAAAUCGGGACUGUCCCUGUAAAAUCAGGACAUCUGGUCACCCGAGUCCCUGUAGCUGCUUUGUUCCUGAGGAGGCCGGGCCCUGCAGAGAGAGUGAGCGGGGUUCUAAUUGCAGGUGGGCUAACGAAUUCAAUCAGCACAGGAGCCGUCACACACUGUAGGGCAGGGUAUAGGUUCAUAGAGUCCAAGGCCAGAAGGGACCAUUGUGAUCAUCUAAGUCUGACCCCCAUAUAGCCAGAGAACUGCCCAAAGUAAUUCCUAGAGCAGAGUUUUAGAAAAACAUCCUACGCCCCUAGGCUCCUCCGUCUAUGCCAGCAAUGGCUCCGUCUGCAAGGCCUGCCUUUCUCGGGGGGAGGGCCCCGACUAAUCCGCAGCCCUUGCCAGCUGCUGUCCUGUUGCAGCUGGUUUAUUUGUGAAGUUGCAAGUGUAGAUUUUGUCCACAAGGGGGCAAGCCUAGGGGCGGAGCGGUCUCUAUGCUCUCUGGGCAGUACAGUGCACGUACACAGCAGUGAGCAUCAGGUGCUCUCCUUGGCCUGUGCAGUUAGGGUGACCAGAUAGCAAGUAUGGACAAUCGGGACAGGGGCGGGGGGCAAUAAGUGCCUAAGACAAAGCCCCAAAUAUGGGGACUGUCCCUAUAAAUUCAGGACAUCUGAUCACCUAGGUGCAGUGUGCAAUGAACACGUGGCCGGUGCCCCUCUCCCCUCGGCUGGUGCAGUGAGCACAGGGAUUGCUUCCCCUCCACCUGGGGCAGUGCGUUGUUUCCGUCUGUUUUAACCACUGCAGAGAAAGGAGACUUGAGACAGGCGGGUGAGGAAAGGCGCCAAGCUAGGGAGGGUGGAGGAGCCUGGGGGACCAGAGCCCAGCGGGCGAGCUAAGGGGAAGGGAUGACUGUGGAGAAGAGAAGCGGCAAGAUGGACAUUAAAGCAGGGAGAGGGAUACGGGCGAGACAAAGGAUGAGACGAGAGAGAUGCUGCCUUGCGGAGGCGGAGAGAAAGGCCAGCAGCGGGAGGAGAUGGACUCACAAGGAGGAAACAGACCAGCUCAGGAACAGAAAAAGGAGAGAGAAAGCUGGGAAGGGGAGAAAGCAAAACCUUCCCAUCUAGGCUGGGGAAUUGUGUGUCAUUUCUCGAUGCUCCGGGAGGUGAGCAGAGGCUUCUCUGGCCCCACUCUUGAGAUCUGGACACAGGAUUGUUACCCUGGCCUCCCCCCUCCCCCAGCCAUUCUCUCCGUUACGUUUUCCCAGCAGUUUAACUACCAAAUCCAGAUUGGCCCAAUACUGAUGUACAAUAAGCCCUGCAUGGUGUAUAGCUCUUCAAUCUGAAUCUGACGCUAAGCCUCCCGCUGGCCUCUCCUGGGACACUCCUGCGCUACUCACACCCCAUCUCCUGUGCGUCUGUCACCACUAGAGCAGCAGCUGCUCUGGGAAGGAGGGCCUAGAGCAGCAGGAAGCCUGUGGCAGUCCCAGCAGGAGGCCUGGAUUCCCCACCAGCUGCUGAACCUGGGAGCAAACAUCCGUGUCCCGUGGGAUGGGGAAUGGCUGGCGGGGGCUCCGCUCAGGCUCCAGUCACGUUUGACGACGUCACUGUGUAUUUCUCCGCGGAGGAGUGGGAGGAGCUCGCGGAAUGGCAGAAGGAGCUGUACAAGGACGUGAUGAGGGACAACUACGAGGCUGUGAUCUCACUGGGCAGUGCUGUUGCCAAACCUGACAUCAUCUCCCAGCUGGAGCAAGGGGAAGAGCCGUGUAUCAGCGCUCACCAGGACUCCAGGGACAGACGCACCUCCGCAAGGGUCUUCACCGCUAGAGCCUUCCGUAGGACAUCUGCCUUUCUGCACAGUCAGCCCUCCCAGAAAGGAACAGCUAAUUCAGAGCCCUUUCAGAUCCAUCAUCUGCUGACACAGCUCUGAAUACGGCCUUCCCAUCCUCACCAUGCGGGCUCUCUUCUGCACCCCCAUCGUCUGAUCCCUCCUCCCACAAAGUGGACCUCUCUCCAUCUCCUGUGCAUUCCACCAGCCCGUGGAUUUGGGAGGCAUACCUAGGGCACACAGACCAGGGAGAGAACAGCAUGGGCAUUGCCGAAUGCAUAGAGAGGCCCAGCAGUAGGUCUCCAUGUGCACUCAGUGGGGCAAUCCAUGGCCAAGUGGAGAGUGAGGAGAAAGCACCAGACAGAGUGUUUUGCUCACCUCCAGCCUCACCUGGCCUACAUCCACCUUCUGAGCAGAUCUACCUACCUGGGCAAGUCCAGAUGCCUGAAUGUGCUUCUCACACACAUCGAGGCUCUGAGAAUAACACACCUGUGUUCAGAGCACAGAGAACUGAGCAGAAACCUGCCUCUGCGAACAGUCUGGAGCAGGAAUUGGGCAGCAUCAUCCAGGAGAUGCGGACGGCGAGAAUCCACCUGGCUAGCAUAGCUGGCUCACUGCUGGCUUUGUCCUCGGCGCUCCUGCCAGCUCCUGUGGAUGGCACAGGUCACUGGAGAUGAUCUCGGAGCAGCAUACGCUCAUAGAAACUUCUGCAUUCUCACACUCAAAGCUGUGGGAGAGAGAAACAACCGCUCCCUUCUUUCUUUUCUCUCAAAGCCUGUGCUCUGUUACUAAUACUUAAUGUCUUUAUUUUAAAAAAAUGCAUAAUGUAUUUUUUCAUUUAAAAAGUAUUUAUGCCUUAACACUUUAUUUCUCUGUUUACUAAACUUUAUUUAAAAGGCCCUAAAUGUUUAAAAAGCCGAUUUUCUUCUGAAAAAUGUUAUUUCUAACCCUACAUUUUUUUAAAUGGCUGUAAACAUGAAAACAAACAAAACCCCACAAGCAGCAGUAAUGUGCCCAAUGAAAAAAAAAAAAUCCAAAAUGGCCACGCUGCCAAAAACUUACACGCUCAAAAAGGAGAUCAGAGUGGGCCAUAAACUAACAAUGGGGCCUGGAAACUGGUCAAAACGUAUAUGGUGAUGAAAGGUGUAGAGCCCUUUACCUUUGUUCUCUUCUUGUCUUGCCAGAUGGCAAAUGUGGAAUCAAGGAUGCCCAUCUCAGUGUACAACAUUCUAUUUCACACCACAGUCAGUACAACCACCAUGAUGUACUCUAAAGUAACAGUUAAACUUGGCAGUCGUCUUUAUAUUAUUUACUCCUGGGGAAUUCUGUGAUACUGUGCAUGUGUAUAAUUAGUGAGCCAUGCAUAUUUUUAUUUUUUUGUGCAGAAAAAAGCUUCUGCCAAAAUGUUAGUGCAGUUCCACCUUUUGCCCACCAGAGGGUGCUGUGGUCAUAGAACACAGCAGCAGCUCCUGGCCAGCUAGGGAAGAGAAAGAGCCUGCCUUCUUAAUAGCACCUGCCAGACCAGGUCAGGAAACAGGGGCUAUGGGGAAACAGACAGCAUAAGGUGUCUGUGUGGGGGGAGAAGAGGGUCAGACAGGGGCUCAUAAGAGCUAGUGGGGGAGGACAGACUGGGGCAGAGACUGAAUGUAGUGCCCCUUCCCUCGUGCCACCCCUUCCAAUAUAUGGUCAUGUUCCCUUCUGGGGGGUCUUGGGUCAGGAAGACCACCUCUUCUGUACUUGAUGGGAGGGGUAAGGAGCGGUGUUACUUUUGGCUAUCCUCACUUUCUUGCUGACUCCAUGUCUCUUCCUUACACCUUUCCCUCCACUCCAGCUGCUUCAUUACCAUAGCAACCCCUUGCUUGAUUAGGUCCCCUUAUCUUCUCUUGUUACUGAAAGGCAAGGCUAGCAGCUCCGCGGGCAGUGUGUGUAAGUGAAAGCACAAGGCUGCACACACGUUCUCCUGCUUGCUUAUUGAGCUUGUUUAAAUUAAAAGCAAGGCCCGAAGCAAGGUUAUUAUUGUUUAGUUUUUACCCUAUUUACUUCGCAUUUUCCUAACAGCGGUCAGCCAGGCUUUAAAGGAAUUAUUACUCAGUUCUGUACUAAUAUGCCUAGUAAGGAAGCUAUUUGUUAAAAUACAGUUGCUGAAUCUUUUUUGUUACAGACAUACUUGCUGACAGGUAUUUUGAAAUAAAUGAUCAAAAAUAAUUGAAACUGUUGUGAUUAUAGUGGGGUAUUUUGACAAAU